CCCCUCACAUGAUCUUUGACUGGAGCCGAGGAGCUCACCAGGAAUGAGAGCUGAGACGAUAUAGGAGCGCAUUUACAGCCAUGCAUACGCUCGCAGUGAUCUGCGUGUUUUUGGCAACAGUCGUGCACAUCAGUGCCCAGGAAGGCUUAAUUCCGUGGACUCAACAGAGGUUGUUCCACAAGCCCAGUACCCUGACCGCUGACAGCCUGAAGGAUGUGCUGGCCCACACGGACCUGACGCGCAUGUGGCAGACGGACCUGAGGCCGCUGCUGGUCACGCGCUACCCUGGCUCCGCUGGAAGCCUGGCCGUGCAGAAGCACAUCAAAUCCACCCUGAGUGGCCUGACGGCAGGUUGGGAUGUGAGCGAGGACUCCUUCCGUGCCCAGACGCCUUACGGCCAGAUGCCCUUCACCAACAUCAUCGCCACUCUCAACCCCUCCGCGAAGCGUCGCCUGGUGUUGGCGUGCCACUUCGACUCCAAGUACUACGCCCCCCAGUGGCACGGCAGGGAGUUCCAGGGCGCCACUGACUCCGCUGUGCCCUGUGCCAUGAUGCUCGAGCUGGCGCGUGCCCUGGACCAGGAGCUCAAGACGCUGAAGGACUCUAAUCCAGACCUGACCCUGCAGCUGCUCUUCCUUGACGGUGAGGAGGCUCUGUUCCAGUGGAGCGACACAGACUCCCUGUAUGGCGCGCGGCACCUGGCGCAGAAGAUGGAGGAGACCGCCCACCCUCCAGGGGCCAGCGCCUCCAACCAGCUGCACGCCAUCGAUCUGUUUGUGCUGCUGGAUCUGAUCGGAGGCCCGUCUCCGCGCUUUGGAAACCAGUUCGCCAACACGGCCAGAUGGCUCAACAGGCUGCAGAACAUCGAGCGUCGCCUUCAUGACUUGGGCCAGCUGGAGGAUCAUCCAAACGAAGUGCAAUACUUCUGGCCAGGUCUGCCCGUGGGUCCAAUCCAAGAUGACCACAUUCCAUUUCUACAGAGGGGGGUGCGGAUACUUCACCUUAUCCCCACACCUUUUCCCUCCGUCUGGCACACAUUCGACGACAAUGAGCAGAACCUGGACCGACCCACCAUCCAGAACCUGAACAAGAUCAUACAGGUCUUUGUCCUGGAGUACCUCAACAUGUGAACUAGCCUACAGGUUCCCAUCCCAGGUCUCAUGGUUCCCAUCCCAGGUCUCAUGGUUCCCAUCCCAGGUCUCAUGUUUCCUAUCCCAGGUUCUCCUCCGCCUUCGCAUUUCAACUUUCUCGUAUAGCCUUCUAGAAACGCUCUGUCCUCCUCGCAGAGAACUCAUCACAGCCAAAUCUUGUUCUGGUUCUGGCUCUCUGGGUCUCUGUGUGUCCAGAAUAAGAAGUCUGGGCUCACACAGCUCCCCCUCCAGAACCUGUGAACUGUGUGCUUGCGGUAUACAGGGUCCUCUCUGUGUUUGCUUCCAACAGAGCUGUCUUUAUGCCCCUCUCAUCCUUCCCCCUGCCACAGACCCACCUUUGUGCUUAUGCUAACGUGUUAUGCUAACGUUCGUCCCUGCAGAACUCGGCCGGGGAGAGCAAUAGGCUUGAAAGUUUAGAGCAGUUGUCAGUGUUAUGAGUCAGUGUUCUCGUGUACUUUGGUACGUUGUGUUACGACAGCUUUAGCAACAUGUUGUGAAAAAUGAAAUGGUGAUCUAUAAAGUUAGCUGUCCACCGAGGAUGAAAAUGUACUGUAGUUAUGUACUGUAUGCUGACAUGGUUCCAUGUUGAUUUAUUUUUUUUGCUAAACAUCAAGAAACAUCUAUAAACCAUCUACAGUUUCAUCACGCAUUUGGUAUUGUAACCAGUGACAAUAGAUAUCAGUUCGGAACAUUUAUCAGUGCAUUUUACCCUCUUUGGUCGAUUCAAUGAAAAAGUGAAGCUGACCUCUGUAAUGCAUGAUCAGUUGUGUGUCUCAGUAGCCACAUCCCGCUGAAACGGUAACUAGACGUUGAGAUCAUGUGGUAAUUGAGACGCUACUGUUGUGAAAGCCAUAAUGUAUUUUUCUAGUAAUAUCAUAUGUGGAAUGUAUAGUUGCUCAAAGCUGCUAGCGCAGUGCAGUGAUGUUGAGUCACUGAACACGUCUGUUCAUCAAGGGAACUUGCUGAUGUACCUUUUCAGGACACGUUUAUCCAGGAAUUUCAUGUUUUUUAUUGAUCCUUCCUGUUCCUUGACCUCUGUUGACGUUGCAUAUCGAGGUCAAACUGUCAUUUUCUUCAAAAUAAGCAAUCAACUCCAAAAUAAAAAAAAUAGAGACUGAUAAAA